AUGGAGCACAACCACCUCCACAACGGCUCCCUCCUGGCGCACCACCGCUAUGGCUGCGGCUUGGGAUACGCACCUGUCGUCUACUACAGCCUGCUGCUCUGCCUCGGGCUGCCGGCAAACAUCCUGACAGUCAUCAUCCUUUCCCAGCUCGUGGCUCGCCGGCAGAAGUCCUCCUAUAACUACCUGCUAGCUCUAGCUGCUGCUGACAUCCUGGUCCUCUUCUUCAUCGUCUUUGUUGACUUCCUCAUGGAAGACUUCAUCUUAAACAAACAGAUGCCUCAGGUGCUGGACAAAAUAAUAGAGGUACUGGAGUUUUCUUCCAUCCACACCUCCAUCUGGAUUACAGUGCCGCUGACCAUCGACCGGUACAUAGCUGUGUGCCACCCGCUCAAGUACCACACCGUCUCCUACCCUGCCCGCACCCGGAAGGUCAUCGUCAGCGUCUACGUCACCUGCUUUCUGACCAGCAUCCCCUACUACUGGUGGCCCAACAUCUGGAUCGAAGACUACAUAAGCACAUCCAUGCACCAAAUCCUCAUCUGGAUCCACUGCUUCACCGUCUACUUAGUGCCCUGCUCCAUCUUCUUUAUCCUGAAUUCCAUCAUCGUGUACAAGCUGCGGCGAAAGAGCAACUUCCGACUGCGGGGGUACUCCACGGGCAAGACGACAGCCAUUCUGUUUACCAUCACUUCUAUUUUUGCCAUCCUCUGGGCACCAAGAGUCAUCAUGAUCUUGUAUCACCUCUACGUGUCGCCCAUAAACAACAGCUGGGUGGUGCACAUCGCCUCGGACGUCGCCAACAUGCUCGCGCUGCUCAACACCGCGAUUAACUUCUUCCUCUACUGCUUCAUCAGCAAAAGGUUUCGCACGAUGGCAGCCGCCACGCUGAAAGCCUUCUUUAAGUGCCAGAAGCAGCCUGUGCAGUUCUACACAAACCAUAACUUUUCCAUAACAAGCAGCCCGUGGAUUUCCCCGGCCAACUCCCACUGCAUCAAAAUGCUUGUUUACCAGUACGAUAAGAACGGGAAGCCUAUCAAAAUCUCGCCGUGACAAGGGCAGCAGUUGGAGUUUCUGGGCACAAGCUCUUCUCAAGCGGUUACAUCCUCAGGGUGUGACUUGGUGAAAUGGCUCUUUUCAAGAGGGGUUAUUCGAUUUCAUCUCCCUGGCAGGUGGAGGGCAGAGCAGACUGCUGGAGGGAACAGGAGCACUUGAUUUGAGGAGGCAAAGCGAGAAGGCAGACACCUCUGUCUCUUCCACAGCACUUUGGGUAUGCUUCCAGAGUUCAACUCUUAGUGUUUAGUGGCACUCAAACGUUUUGCAUUCCAGCACCAGUGCGGUCCAAAGUCGUCAAGAGGGGAAAGCCACAGCAGUGUUUAAUUACAACCUUCUGCAACACAAGAGUGAAAGCUUGCUCGAGCACGCAGUUGGCUGGCGGUGGAGCACACAGGUGAUCUGUGUACUGUGGGAGGUGCCGUUGCUGGCCUGUGCACCUGACAAAAGUGAUGUGCUGGUUCUGACGUGAGACACCACCACACCCAGUCUUGCUCUCAAGAGCUCGUUGCAGGAGGCAGACACCAACUGCCACAAGCCCUUUUUUGGCUCAUUUGAACAAGGCUUGAGGACCGAUGCAGUCCCUUGGCAUGCAAAGCAGUCCUGCAAGCUGCCAGUAUUCAUGUUCUAAGCUAUUACUUAAGAACGCAAGCAAGACAGGGGAGCUAGAGAGAGG